AUGACUCUUCAGCCCAUCGCCGGGACCCCCUGGACCAGCAGAGGUGUCGCGGCGGGGCGCCGAGCGGUCCGGUGGGGCGGGCUGGGCGCGGCGCUCGUGCCCACCACUUCCGGCACCUCUAUGGUGGCGGAGCGGGCGGGGCCCGGGGCGGGCGGGGAGAGCCGGGUGGCGCACGUGGGGGCUGCGGGCGCUGCCAACAGGGGGCGCUGCCUAGCGGGGGUGCUGCCAAUAGGGGGCGCUGCCCACCGGACGCGCUGCCAGCAGGGGGCGCUGCCCAGCGGGGGCACUGCCCACCGAGGGCACUGCCCACCGGACGCGCGGGACUUUGCCCUCCACGUGUCAGGGCUGGGGCUGGGCUUCGCCCGCCGCUGGCUGUCGGCCGGCCGACCCCCCUCCCCGCCCGGUCCCGGCGGUGCCCGGCGGUGGGUGCCACCCUGGCAGCGGGCGCCACCCUGGCAGCGGGAGCCGGAGGUCCGGCCGGGGGGCGCCGAGCUGCGGCGGCUGCUGGACGACGACCUGCCGGGCCGGGGGCGGGGGCGGGGGCGGCCGGCAGCGGGCACCGAGGUCCUUUUCGGGGUGGCCCCGUGCUCCCUGGCCCUGCUCGCCGCCCGGAGGACCGCGUCCCGGCUCUUCCUCAAGGCGGCCCGGGGACCCGCCGCCCCCCGGCCGGACCUGGCCCGCCUGGCCCGGAGCGCCGAAGCCCGGGGGGUCCCGGUGCGGACCGUCCCCCGCAAGGUCCUCGACGGGCUGUGCGGGCACGAGGUGCACCAGGGGGUCUGCCUGGAGGUGACGCCCCUGCAGCCGAGGAGCUGGGCCGAGAUCGGGCGAGGCGGGACGGAGGAGGACGAUGGAGAGGGGCCGGGGGGCCGGCCUCGGCUGUGGCUGGUCCUGGACAGGAUCCAGGACCCCAGGAACCUCGGGGCCGUGCUUCGCACCGCGCACUUCUUGGGGGUGGAUGAAGUCAUCUCCGGCCUCGGCAACAGCUGCCCUCUGACCCCCGUGGUGAGCAAGGCCAGCGCCGGAGCCCUGGAGGUCUUGCAGGUGUACGGGGCCGACGACCUCCCGGCACUGCUGAAGGCGAAAGCAGCGCAGGGGUGGACGGUGGCCGGCACCGUGGAUUGCUCGGAGCCCAGGACCCCCGUGCUCGGUUGCCUGGACUUCCGCUGGGACCGGCCCACCGUUCUCGUGAUAGGGAACGAAGGCUCCGGGCUAUCCGCAGAGGUCAAGGACGCCUGCCAGGUUCUGCUGAACGUCUCUCCCGGGCGGGAGAUAACCUCGGGGAUUGAAUCUUUGAACGUCUCAGUGGCCGCUGGUAUCAUCCUCCACUCCAUCUGCAGUCAAAGGAGAGGCCUGUGACCCGUGCCUCACGGGCCUGGGGAGGAGUCCACGGAGCCACCGAGAACUUUGGAGCCCGGAUUCCGAGGGGAAGCAGGGAGUUCCUUGUCCCGGUCAACACUGGGCGGGUGGGGGGAACGUGAAGGUCGGUGACGGAGACGCCGGAUGGGCUUCGGUCCGGGCACGAAGAUGGAAGCGGGCCGGGUCGAGAAGCCGCUCGAAGGACUUGCCAGUGACGUGGGGGCGCUUGUACUCCCUCAUCCCCGCCGGUGGUGUUCCCCUUCAGUCUCGGUGCAGAGCGCUUUGACCAUCCAAGAGACCGCAUCCUAGUGCCGCUCUCGUGCCGGAGCACCAGGGGCCAGCCGGUGGUGAUCCGGGAAGCUACUUCGGUAGCCACUGUGGUCUUCGCGGGCCACGUGAGCCACUUAUUUUUCAGAACUUGUUCUGGGCUUGUCUACCUCGCGGCAUGCUGUAGACGGAAGUUUUCACCACCGAUGGCCCAAUCCCAGCAGGUCCUCCCUUACAUCUGGCUAUUUCAACCUCCCCCGACCCCUUCUCCCUCACCGUGGUUGGACUUUGAGCGGCGUCUACAGAUUUACUUGUCCUCUGAGCCCGGGAAUGUGGGAUUUUAGGGGCGCAACAUCUCUCUGUCGUGGGGUUAAAUGGUAGAUGCUUCCAUCUGCGCGUGCUCUAAACAUUAAAGUGAGCGUUGGAGCUUC